AUGCGAGAGGUGGACGUGGAGCCACUGAGGAUAUCAGUGAGCUUUAUUGCCAGUGCAGCCGUGCGCCUACCAGGCAGCCCCGAGGAUAAGCAAGGAGAUGCUCUUGGUGUGGAGGCCAUGCACGGGCUGGAUGUCAUCCAUAGAGACUUGAAGCUUGACAACCUGCUCCUGAAGGCGCAGGGCGCAGUCAAGAUUGCCGAUUUUGGUGUUGCCCCGGCUCUCCCUGCAAGCGCUUUGGUGACGGAUCGAAGCGGCACGCUCCGCUAUCAGUCGCCCGAAAUCUUCGAUCCAAGCCAGCCGCCGUUUGACGGAAAGAGCUCGGACAUGUGGGCCGCCGGCGUGACGAUCUACGAGCUGAGCAGUGGGCUGUUCCCUCUCAGGGCCCGCACUCGCCGCGGCCUGUCAGCGGAACUGCUAAAAGCAGGGAUAGAGGUUGAAGACCGUCACGGAGAUCUGGGUCGCCAUGCAACUUGUUUGACAGGGCUGUUGGAAGGGGGCGGCCGGAAGGGGGGACCCAGAGAAAUGCUGAGCGGCAGCGGAGGCUGUCGCCCAUUUCGCCCGACUGAGCUGACGAACGAGUCCGCAAGCCUUGGAGGCAUCAACCAGCCGCACAUCGAUUUGGGCUUCCACCGCGAUGUCCCUGCGUGUGUGUCAGGCGCGGACAGCGAGCCGGAUGGUUUCAUCUUGCUUGCGGCACGCGGAGAUCCUGAGGCCCAGAGGCCUGGCGGGGUCUCUCCUUACGGCCAAGCCUUCCAUGCCGUGGAGGGCCCAGAGGGCGAUCCGAAGAUCACCUUCUUCUACAUACCGGACCACAAGGAGUUCACAUACCGCAUCGUCAGUGAUGACCCCGAGACUCAGGCAGCCUAUCAUCGGGCACUGGUUGCCGCUGCAGAGGUCUGCGAUGCAGUUGACUUGCAGGCAGGGGACGCACUGAUCCUCGACAAUGCUCGAUGCAAUCACUCGAGAACGGCCUUCAAGGCUCAGCAGGACGGAAGCGACCGCUGGCUGCUGAAGACCUUUGUGGCAGGUUUGGGCCUCAUCUUUCAGAGUCUCUGCCUUCGGUGGAUGGCAACGGCCUUCCUUGGGAGCCCACUUGGCCUGGCCCCAGCUGCUGGCGAAGCCAUAAAAAAAGCGGUGGCUGAAGAGGAGUGUGGCCCUGCCCGCAAAGAGAAAGUGCGCCAUCGGCCUGCGCGAGGCCCUGGCAUCAAGGACGAGAGCUCCAGAACCACGGGCAAGGAGCUGUUGAACAAGCGCAAGGGGGACGAGCCCACGCCCUUCAUGUCCUACAUGGCUGCGCUGCGCGAGGUGCAGGGUGAGUUGGCCAAGGAGGUGGUGCAGAACUCCGAGAAGCCGGAAAAGCCGCGCCGAACCAACUUGGAUACUUGCCGGACACUGAAGGACGCCUGUGACAGGCAAGCGACUUCGCUGGCCACGAGUCGCAGUUUACCGGCCUUGCCGAAGGGCCGGAGCCUCCUGCAGGGCUCCCAGGACUCAGCGGAUCCAGUUCCAAGCCCGCUCACGAAGGCCAAGCUGGCUGCUACCAUGACCUGA